AGUGAAAAAAAGUAUAGGUUAAAAUUUGCUAUUUAAUGAUAUUCUUAGCAAUUUCAAGAUACAAAUGUAAUUAUCCAUCGUUUGAUAAAAUUGUGACGUUCUCAUAGCGUAUGUUAUUGUUUGAUAUGUGCUGAAUUAUUAACUCAGUUAUUUUAAAUAAUAAAUCAUGAAAAUAUCUCUAGUGUUUAUAGUGCUUUUUACACUAAUUGCAAUUGUAUUUUCGCGAAAACACCGCUUGGAAAUAUAUAGUGAUGGUCGCAGAUAUAUACCACUCAGUACAUUUGGUUUUUAUCAAGGAGGAUAUUUAGAUGUACAGCUAAUAAAUUUUCAUGCAACUCCAGAAGACCCAAAAGCACUUUUUGGUUUUAGCUUAGACCGCACCAAAAUUUCUGCUGUAGAUGAAUACUUAAAUAAAAAUCAGGAUCAUUGCGUUUUAGUGGACAAACUAGACAGCAAUAAGAAUGCUGUGAUCACAUUAUUUUUGCUCGACCUUCAGAACAAUACAUUGAAAGUAAAGUGUAAUGAUGAGGGCGUAGUUCAUAUUUACAAAAGACCAGAUGAAAGAAAAACUCAUACUUGCAAAGACUUGACGUUUGAUAUAGCUUCUGAGAUACGCGACGGUCACACCUAUUACAAUGCAUCUUUUUACAUGGCUGUUGAAAACAUCCAAGAGGAAGGUCUGUACAACCUCUACUUCCACAACUGUCCCAGCUAUAACUCAGGCACAGACACCACUGUGGAUUGUGUGGUGCAAAUCACAGAAAAAAAUACGAGCAGUUUUUUGUCGGCGGGCGAAAUGCCGUUACCAGCCUUGUAUUGCAUGAUGUCAGUGUUGUUCUUCCUCUCUGGCAUGUUUUGGGUGUUCCUCUUGCGACAAUCAAAGCAUCCAGUUUUCAAGUUGCACUGGAUGAUGACUGUUCUCGUUUUUCUCAAGGCUCUCUCGUUGGCUUUCCACGGCGUUAACUAUCACUACAUCGAAAGUCUUGGUGUGCACUUGGCCACAUGGGCAAUUCUAUUCUAUGUUGCUCACUUGCUUAAAGGGGCACUACUAUUUGUUAUAAUCGUUUUGGUAGGAACGGGCUGGACGUUCAUUAAACACGUACUCACCGAUAGAGACAAGAGGGUAUUUAUGGCUGUCAUUCCGCUGCAAGUUUUGGCCAAUAUCGCCGAAAUUAUCUUGGAGGAAAGUGAGGAGGGAUCGAGGGAAUACACUGCCUGGCGAGACAUCGUGGUUUUGAUAGACCUGCUGUGCUGUGGGUGCAUUCUGUUUCCAGUAGUAUGGUCCAUAAGGCAUUUACAAGUUGCCUCGCAAACUGACGGGAAAGCCGCACUUAAUUUAAGGAAGUUGAAGCUAUUCAGACAUUUCUACAUUAUGAUUGUUUGCUACAUUUACACCACGCGUAUUAUAGUAUCAAUUUUAAAAUUGACGGUUACUUUCCAAUAUGAGUGGUUGCAUGAGAUGUUCAGAGAAAUGGCUACAUAUGUCUUUUUUGUCUUGACUGCUUAUAAAUUCAGGCCAGCCUCGCAAAAUCCUUACUUUGCAUUGAAUAACGAUGACGACGACGUAGAGGAAGUCGUUUUCAGUUUAACGGAGAGCGGCGCAACGGAGGGACUAAACAAGGUGAACAAUAGAGUGACCAAAGUGCCAUUACAAUCGACCAUGACCGAAGUUACCGAGGAGGAGAAGGACGCGUUGCUCUCGCAAAGAGAGAGCAGCCACGAUUAUGACUGAAACGUCUACGUUUUCCGAUCAUGCCACGAUAUUGUGUACAAUUAGAUUUGCAUUUUAUUUUGUAUACUGUGAUAGUGUGGACAUUUUUCCGUUGAGUGAAAAUAAAAUUGUGUGUCUUUUUCUUUACCAUUAUGUAUUUGUAAUUUAUGAUAUAAUAAAUCGUACACGUUUUUUAUUGUUUACACCAAAA